CGGUACACACUCUCCUCUGCCGACCUCGGCCUCGCUCCGAUCCCCGCAGUGAUUUUCCGGGACUAGAGUAUUCCUUCCUCCCGCACGAGACACGACUAUUCUCCUUCUCCCGGCGACGUCACCGCGGUGACGUCCGGUAAGCCGGUCACCGCCCCCGACGGGCCGUGACCCCAUCACACCCUCACGCGCACCACUCAAGCAAAUCCCGCACGUUCCUGUCCCUAUUCUAGGUGUGUGUGGUAUCUCGCGGAAGCAGCCAAGAGAGAGGAGGAGGAAGAGGGGGCUAAAAAUAAGCACGGCGCGCCGUGGAUAAUCCUUUUCCGGGCAGCCAGCCGCGAAAUUUCCUUCCCGAUAAGAGCAGACGCGGGCGGCGCUUCCGCGUUUGGUUCGCCCCACCCACUUCCUCGCAGAUUUCCGGUACCUGCCGCCGGCCGCCGCCUCCCCUUCUCGUCUACCUUCCAAAGUCCGCGUGCGUGUGUGCCGGCCGUUCCGUCCCAGCUUCUUGUGCCUCUUGUGGCAGGAACAAAAUCCGCGAGUUUCCUCCUGCUUGCCUGGGGUUCUUGGGAGAGAUUCAUGCUCCCUUCGUGACAUCUUGCCAUCUUUUUUUUGCUCGAUUCGCAUGGUUUUCUUGGGUUCUUGCCGGAGGAUUUGCCCCUUUUAGAACCGGAUUCCUCCGUAAGAUCCGGCUCCGCAAUCAUUUGAGCUCGUGCGGGAGGCUCUGUUUCUGCUCAGUCGUCGGAGCAUGGGACAAAAGCUUCCGUCCUUCUGGUGGGUUCCUCCGGGAGCUCGGAUUUGACACCACCAUGCCAAGCAUCAUCACCAAGUAGACGCGAGCGAGCUUCUAGAACCUUCUAGUAGUAGUCCCCCCUGCCCACUCGCCCCGUCCACGCGACAUACAUACAUGGAGACGUCGACCGUCACCUACUCCUCCUCCUCGCCGCCCCCUUCCUCCUCGCCGCCGCAGCAGGCCGAGCAGGCCGCCGACCUCGACGCCGUCAGCCUCGGCCGCCUCAGCGCCAACCUCGAGCGCCUGCUCGACCCGGCCUUCCUCAGCUGCGCGGACGCCAACGUCGUCCUAGCGGCCGGGGGAGACGACGCCGCCGCCGUCGUCGGCGUCCACCGCUGCAUCCUCGCCGCCAGGAGCAGCUUCUUCCUCGACCACUUCUCCAAUAAGCUCGCCGACCCCGCCGCCGCCGGCGAGAAGGAGAAGGAGAAGGAGAGGCCGCGGCUGGAGCUCGCGGACCUGGUCCCGGGCGGGCGCCACAUCGGCCGCGACGCCCUCGUCGCCGUUCUCGGGUACCUGUACACGGGCCGCCUGAAGCCGCCGCCGCGGGACUCCGCGGUGUGCGUCGACGAGCGCUGCCCGCACGAGGCCUGCCGCCCGGCGAUAGACUUCGUGGUCGAGUCCACCUACGCCGCCUCCGGCUUCCAGAUCUCCGAGCUCGUCUCGCUCUUCCAGCGUCGGCUGUCAGACUUUGUGAACAUAGCUCUGGUGGAGGACAUAGUGCCCAUCGUUCACGUUGCGUCCACCUGCCAGCUCCAUGAGCUGCUCAGCCAGUGCAUCCAGCGGGUGGCAGGAUCCAGCGUCGACAGCCGGUACCUCGAGAAGGAGCUCCCAGACGAUGCAUUUGCCAAGGUGAAGGAGUUCCGGCGAUACUCGCUGCACGACGAUUCAGACGAGUUCAUUCUGGACCCCGAGCAUGCCAAGAAGGUCAGGAACAUCCACAAGGCCCUGGACUGCGACGAUGUGGACCUAGUUGGCUUGCUACUACAAGAGUCUGCGAUCACCUUGGAUGAUGCAUUGGCAAUACACUAUGCCGCUGCAUAUUGUGAGCCUAAAGUGUUGGCUUUGCUCUUGAAGCUGGACCCUGCUGGUGACUGUGUUAAUGUGAAUCUGAAGAAUGAUAGUGGGUACACACCGCUGCAUUUGGCGUGCAUGAGGCGAGAGCCGCAGAUCCUUCUCUCUCUUAUCGAGAAGGGCGCGUCCGUGGUGGAGAGGACGCAGGAUGGGCGCGACGCGCUUACCAUCUGCAAGAGACUGACAACAGAGAAAGACUGCAACAAGAAGCUGGAGAAAUGUAAGGAGAGAAGCAAGGCUUACUUGUGCAUUGACAUCCUUGAGCAGGAGAUCAAGAGGAAAUCCUUCAUCUUCGAGGAGCUCCUUUCGGCGGAAGUUUCGGUUGCCACACCUUUGCUGGUAGACAAUUUCCACAUGAGGCUCAUAAACUUGGAAAACAGAGUUGCCUUUGCAAGAAUAUUCUUCCCUUCCGAAGCCAAACUUGUGAUGCGCAUUGCACAAGCCGACUCAACCGAAGAGUUUGCCGGUCUCACGUCAGCUAAUUUCAGUAAACUGAAGGAGGUUGACCUAAAUGAGACCCCUACAAUGCAGAACAAGAGACUGCGUGAACGCCUUGAUGCAUUGACAAAGACAGUUGAGCUAGGGCGAAAGUACUUCCCGCAUUGUUCGGAUGUUCUCGACAAGUUCCUCAUGGAAGAAUCCACAGAUCUGCACUUCCUGGAAAGCGGCAGUGCCGAGGACCAGUACACCAGGAGGACGCGCUUCUCUGAGCUCAAAGAGGAUGUGAGGAAGGCCUUCAGCAAAGACAAGGCUGUUGCAGCCAUAGCCUCAUCGACGUCCUCGUCUUCACCGAGAGGUGAUGGAAAGGUUAGUAGACAUGGUCACAAGAAGGCGAGGCUGUCGCGGUGAUACAUGUGCUCGGUGUCGCCAUGUCGGUAGGUUAACGCCGGAUCCGUCGCGCGUGAUGGUUUGAGAGAGGUGGGGUGGGGGGAAGCUAGCAAGGUUUUGUUGACAGUUUGUAGUGCAGGGAAACCAUGUAUGUAGAUGUAACCAAGCAAGCAUAUCGGUUCUAGCUUGAUUGUUGCUUGGUGCAUUUCUUGUAGUUUACUGUGGUUUGACAUGUGACAGGCUUCAGUAGAUGAUUUUCGAUCGCCGGUGGGCACUCUUCACAGUGAUUA